UCACAGCCAACAAAAAAUAUAAACAAAAACUUAACCUUAAUUUAGUAAAAAUGGAUAAUCCAGGUAAUAGUUUAUUUCAAAAUACGGAAAUAAAUUUGAACAAAUCUAGAAAUGAAGAGGAAGAAGAGGAUUUGGAGGAUCAGAAGCGAAGAAAUGAAGAGUUACAAAAUUUAGUGAGGACAAAACUAGACGAUUUUAGUUACGAUGAAAGCACAGUAAAUUCGUCAAUAGUUUCGACGAUUUCAUACGACGAGACGCAAAAAAAAUAUUUAAACGCCAAUAAUCACCAAGAACAAUUACAAUUAUUGUAUGAUAUAAGACUCAGGGAAUUGCAAGCGUUAAAGGGAGAACAUAAGGAAACUGUUGAAAAUAUGACUAUUAAUAUGGAUGCUAUGAAAAAGAAAUUAAUACUCGCAGAAGCUGAAUUAAAUCAACUUAAAAUCUCGUAUAAAAAUAGUGAAUGUUUAUUAGUUGAAAAAACUGGUGCUCUUAAAGAAUUAACAUCGGUAUUAGAAAGUAAGGAAAAUCAAAUUGAAGAAUACAAAAAACUUAUCGAUAAUAUGAAUUUAGAAAUUUCUACAUACAGGUCUACUAUAAAUGACCUACAUCUGAAAUUACAAGGGGAUAGGAAUCCGUUUAGUAAUGCAAAUAAACAAUUUAACAGUGAGGAAUAUAAAAUGGCCGUUCAAGAAAAAGUUGGGAAAUUGGAAGCUUUAUUAGAAGAAGAAACAAAAACAGUCAAACUAUUGGAAAAAGAAAAUAUUACACUCAAAGAUGAAUUAACAAAAUUGAUUUCAUCCAAAAACAAUGAUGCAAAUUUAAUGAAGGCUUUGACGAAAAAUUUUGAAAGUGCUCAGCAGCAAUGCGAGGAAUUAAUUGAUGUAGUGGAAACUUUAAGUAAUGAAAAUAAACAUUUGGAGGAAAGAUUAACAAAUAUUUAUAAUACGUCUGUUAAUGAAAAACUUUCUUUGGACAAUAACAAUUUAACACCAAACAAAGAUAAAUUGAAGAAACUUUUAGUGGAUAAGUCGUUUCAAAUCAAUAGUUUGCAUGCUAAAUUGAGAAAUUACGAAGAAAAUAUGAAAGAAUUAUUGGAAUACAGAAAAUUGAAAUCGGAUUCUUACCAAAAAGAAUUCAAACAAUGCGAUAAUGAAGAUCACACGAAAAAUUUGAUUUUGAUGCAAAACGAUCUACGAAAUUAUAAAAGAAUGAUCGAAGACAAAAACCAACAAAUCCUCAAUUUGAACAGCACCAACAAAGACCUUUUGGCUAAAAUGGAAGAAACUCUAUCCCAAACUCGAAACGACAUCAAGAAUUUCUCCAGCAAAUACAGUUUACCCCAAUUGGAAAAAAUGGCGGAAGAUUUGAAAGCUUCCGAAUACAAAAUUGCAUAUUUAGAAGAAAAACUGAAACAAGCCGAAGAUAACAAAGAAAGUGAAUUAAAAAAUGAGCUCGAGACACUAAAACAAACUGUCGAUAAAGAGAGGACGAACCUCAAAAACGAAAUAAAUAAAUUGAAACAAGAAUUGGAAAUAUCUUCGGCGGAACUGAAGAAUUUGAAACUGUACGCAGACGAAUUGGUUAACGAAAACGUCCAACUGAAAUCUUCAGUUAAAUCCGAAGAUCACUAUCUGCAAUCAGUGGAAGCCCUUCAAAACGCCCAAGAACAGUUGAGGUUGUUGCAGGAAACCGUCGACGAAUUGACCAAUUUGAAAACUAUCGCCGAAGGCGAACGGUGCACUUUCGAAUUUGAAAAUAAAAGUUAUAAACAGCAGUUGGAAAAUUGUCGGAAUUAUGUAGAACGACUCGAAACGAAAUUGGAAGAUGUUGUGAUGAAAUUGAAGGCGAAAGAUGAUUCCAUAAAACAUUUACAAGAAACGGUUAAGGAGUUGAAAGAAGAAAUCGAUGUUGGUAGAAAGAUGAAAAUUCAAUUGGAACAUAUGAGCGAAGAAAUUAAAACCAAAGAACAAAUUAUAGAACGUUUGAAUGAAGUGGUAGAAAGUUUAGAAGAAAAAUUGAAAAAUUCAAGGGAAGACAAAAUUGAAGAAAACUUAGGGGACGAAGUAGAUACAGUUGAUAACGAAAAUGCAGUUAAAACAGAUUUUGCAGCAGAAUUGAAAGCGAUAGAGGAAGAAGAAUUGGAAAAUCAUAAAGAAGCCGAUAUUUUAUCAAUAGAAAUAAAACUACGAGAAGAAAUUCAAGAAGAGUAUUUCAAAAGACUGAAAGAUGUCGAAGAAAAAUACCAAAAAUUGUACAGAUCUAGUAAAGACGUUCGUAAAGAACAAGAAGAGAAAUUAAGAAUACAAGAAAAUAAAUUCAGGGAACAUUUAGCGAUGGUGUUGAGAGAAUGUACUCAAAAAAUUAAAGAAUACGAAGAAGGUAAUCAAGAUCUGAUUAAGCAAUUGAGACAAUUCCAGGGUCAAAAUAACGAAUUUAAACAACUUAUUCAACAGAAAGAUGCGAGUUAUACAACUUUGAUAAAAGAAAUACAGUCAAAUAGUCAGAGGGAUAGUGAAAGGUGGAAAUUGUGGUCACAAAAAGUGUUAAGUAACUGUUUGAAAAUAGAAGCGACUAAUAAGAAAAGUAGAGACAAUAUUUUAUCUAAAAUGAAAGAUUACGAUUCGGAGGUCGCAGCAGUUGAAAAAUCUUAUGAAAAGAUAACAAAAAUGAUUACAGCAAGGAAAUAAUAUUGAAUGUAGAAUUAUAAUCUAAUGUUGUCGUUUAUCAAUUUAAUAUACAAAACUUUAAUUUACUGAAAGUGUGAUAUUUAUUUUUCCAAAAUUCCUAUAAAAUAAGAAGAGAAGGAAAAACCAAAUUAGAUACCAACAAUUGGAAAUUAACUUCAUUAAACUGUUAAUUUAGAAUGGAUCAAACUUUAUUCCAUUUAUUUUUUUUCAGUUUAUCCUUCAUUCUGCUACAUUACAACAUUCUGGUAUCUUAUUAUCUCUUCUAUAAUUCCUAGUAUUCCCAUUGUAUCCUCAAUCUCGUUCCUCAAUGUCUUCAUUAAUCACUAUAGUUUAUUUGUAGUAGGUUUGAGAAUUUUUGGGAUUUUCUUUUGUGAAAUCUAAGUACAUUUGGGCAUCUGGUUUUUGCUUCCACAUUUGCUGGUACUCCCACAUCAUUCCUUCAGGUCUUACUUCAAUAUUGUUCUUCCAAGUCUUCCUCUGUCUAUACCUUGUUUCUGUUAAUCAUUUUAAGGGUUCUCUUUUGAGAUUUAUCAAAUCUAAGAACAUUUUUACAUUCAGUCAUCUAGAUUUUGCUUCUACAAUCCUUAGUACUCCAAAUAUCAUAUCUCCAGGUCUUCCUUGAAUAUAUUUCCAUAUCCUGGCAUCUCAUUUUUUGCUUCUACAAUCAUCAAUACUUCCAAUAUCAUCUUCAAUAUCGUUCCUCCAGAUCUUUCUCAGUCUACACUUUCUUCUUGACUAUAGUCAGUUUCUAAUUGAUGGUCUGUAGGCUUUUCUAUCGAGAUAGAUAAAUUUUGAAUAUAUUUUUACAUUCUUGCAUCAUAUUUUGGUCCUUUACAAUAUCCAGUACUCUUAUAUCACUGUCCAGGUCUUUCUUUUGGUCUGCACUUCCUUCUUAUACAUUAUAUCUUAUUUUUUAUCUUCAUUCCUCUUCUGGUGUUAUAUUUAGUCUCGGUAAUAAUUCCAUCUUUAUUCUCCAUUCUUUCUGUACCUCUUUUGAUUAUUACUUUAAAUUUUCGAUUGCAUAUAAGAUCCCCAGACUUCUUUUUUUCCUAUAUACUCCCUAAUUUUCCACAAUUUUUCUUGUCGAUAUUAAGUUUAAACAAUUAGUUAUUUU